AUGGAUUCCUACGAAUCUGAGAGGGUCAAUGAGUUUCAGGGUUUUAAGGAGUUCGAGGGGUUUGACCUACAUGAUAUCACUCCGUAUAACUUUCAGUCAAGACGUGUGAGAUCGGCCGCGGACACUGCGAGGGUGAAUGAAAAGAGGGUGUGCGCUUCUCCUGGCUGCAGUGGACCGCUGGUUCCAAGCAAGGUGGAAAUGACUGGUCGUGGCGGCAGCAUGAGAGUGGAGUGUAACAGCCCUGACCAGUACCACCGGCUGAGCUCACGGGUCCCUGGGAUAUUCUCCCAGUAUAGGUACCAGGAGACAAACUUCAACAGAAGAAACAAGGUGUACAGGGGACUGUACGGCAUUCUCGUCUAUGGACUUCACCGUGCCAACAGCGACAAAUUCCUGUUGUACAGCAAUGACAUCCUCCAGGUGGUGCGGGACGCCUACCCGUCUGGGGAUGACGUUGACUGGCAGCUGAUCAAUCGGAACAACCGUCCGACCAAGGAUAUCGAGGUGAAGGACCUCUUCGAGGACAAGAAGUAGUCUACCCACCUGUAG